GGGGGCUGACGCACCAUGGAGGGGGGCUGGCUCGUGCUCGCCGCCGUCCUCGCCGCGGCGCGGGCGCAGCCUAGCAACAGGAACGAUGGCCCGCGGUUUCUCUCGCGGGGCCAUUCCUUCCGUACAGUCGUGGGGGACACACUACUUCUGCCAUGCCAAGUGCAAAAUUUGGGCUCCCUGGUGCUCCUCUGGCGACGAGGGCCAGCUGUCCUGACGGCCGCCAGCCUCAUGGUGACCAGAGACGAGCGGUUCCGACUGGUGGACGGAUAUAAUCUGCAGAUCACUGAUGUUGGGCCUCAGGACGCAGGCGACUACGUCUGCCAGAUCUCCGACCGGGUGGCACGCGACCAAGUUCACACAGUGGAAGUGUUGGUACCGCCGUCUGUGCGCGCGUCGCCCGAGUCGCGACACGCGGCCGCGCGGCGCGGGGGCGCUGCGGUGCUGGAGUGUCGCGCGGCUGGCAACCCCGUGCCUACCGUCACGUGGCACAAACUGGUGUCCUUCCAAAACGACAGCAACACCAGGCUCGGCGAGAGUCCACAACUCCAGCUGUCGCGAUUGGAGCGGACGCACAGCGGUCGGUACGCGUGUACUGUCGACAAUGGAGUUGGGCCACCAAUUGUGACCGAGUUUCAGCUGCAAGUGCUCUACCCGCCCGAGAUCACAGUGGAGCGAUCGUGGGUGCACACGGGAGAGGGUUUCAGAGCUGAACUACUGUGCACAGUGCUCGCCGACCCGCCAGCUGAGGUGUCCUGGUACCAGAACUCGUUCCCUCUGAGUGCCUCCGAGAGGGUGACCAUGUCUGCGAGAGGGAACAACCACACACUUCACAUCGCUAAUGUGCAGCCAGAGGACUUCGGUAACUACAGCUGCGUGGCGGACAACAGCCUCGGACGCGCGCGUCAGCACGUAGAAGUGUCCGGGCGUCCGGGCCCAGCGCGCUUCACGUCGCCGCCGCUCGCUCGCCGCGCGCGCGCUUACACGCUCGCUUUCGCUGUCGACAGCUACCCGCCGCUGGAUGAGCUGCGACUACUUUAUAGGCAGUUGGCGAUCAACGAGUCAUUCCAGCAGCCAGGCCGCUGGCACGACGUGGUGAUCCCAGCGCCGGCGCCGGCGGGCGCGCUCACGCACCGCGUGUCGCAUGAACUACGCGGGUUAGAGCCGGGAGCCGUGUACGAAGCCAUUGUGCAGGCCAAGAACAGAUACGGGUGGAACGAGGUCAGCGACAUCUUCCAAUUCCACACGCUCGGCGGCACGCACACGGCGCACGCGGACGAGUUAACACCAAUGUUCGCUUCGGCGUCCGACCGCCGACUGAGCGUCGCGCUCGCCGCCGCGGCCUUAUAUGCCCUUCGCGCGGCGGGGUGAUUGGAGGGGGGAGCGCUUUGCGUCCGCUGACUUCUGUUGUAUGGUCUUGAAAGAGUUAGUAAUAAAUGGGUUUAAAGCCCGGUCUGUGAGCACGUAGAAUUUUGACUGUGCGACGGGCGCCCGCAGUGAGUGUGCGAGCGUGACAGCAACAUAAUUACGCGCGAGCGAUAAAGAUGGGUAGCUUGGGGUCAUUGGACAAAAUUGUACGUGCUCGGCGACCAGACUAUAGAAAAAAUAAUUUUCAAAAACAAGGUCAAAUAUUCGAGACGCGCCCCUAGCGGUAACUUUCAAGAACUAAAAUUUUCAUUCAUUUUUUAACGCGCUCACUAGUGAGGAAAAUUUGAUGUAAACUCACACUCAGCCGUCAGUACAACAGAAGUCAGUACUUUCAGCUUGCCCAUUAUUUUGCUAAGAUCGUCUAACGAUUGAGACACCAAAGACUUUAAAGUUAUAAGUGUUGUGACAGACAGAAGUCCAUUUAUUAAUUAAACUAGUUCUUGCCCACACCUGGUCGUUAUACCGAAAAACACCCCGUAAAACGCCCUUUAAGCUGGUUUAAAUCUCGUCAAAAUCGGUUCAGCCGUUCCAAAGAUAUAACGCGACAAAAAGAAUUAAAAAAAUUUUCACAGUCAAUGUAGGUACCAAGUAGAGAUAUUGAUUUUUAAACAAUGAAUAAAUAAAUAUACUAAGUGGGUGACGUUUUUUUCAUAAAUGGACUAUAAUUUCGUAUAGGAUACUUGGCUUCUAGUGUAAUAUGUAAAUAUUGAAUGACAUAUAGGUUUAGAACAAAACUCACUGAAUCAAAUGUUUAACCAAAUGUAGGUAUACAUUCUAACUAUACAUCGUUUCAUCCACUCGGACGCGCCCCGCCAUUCUCCGCGAAUGUUCUCGUGUUAUCGGUCCACGCUAAUGCUCCAUGAGUGCACACGCACACUACAGUAAUGCCUUACGGCUUGCUCGGACCACACUCCCCGCACCCCGCGCGACCGAGACCAAAACUUGGUAGGGCGCGUACGAGUGGAUAAAACGAACUAAAUUGGAGGACAAUCCAAUUCAAAAUAUGGCAACAGAAAAAAUAUACAAAUUCUACACUUGGUAAACAUUGUUAUUUCUUACUAUGAGUCACACCAACCCAUUUAAUUUAAAAUUAAGACCAUUUAUAAAUUUUAUAAACUUUGCCGUAGUCGGGUAAAAAUUAAGACCAUUUAUUGAAUUUGAAUGCUUUUACUCGACUACUUACGCCCAAAGAAGCGCAAUGUUUAAGUUUUAAUUCAAAACCAAAGACAAACGCUUGGAAACGCACGUGAAUAAAAAUUCAAUGAGCAAUAUUUAAAAACAUCGUUACAAAAACUAGUAUGAUAGUAGAAAACGUUUCAAAUUACUUACGUUACUAUAAUUUGUUGGUGUAACUCAUUGUAUAGUCCCCAUAAGCUGAGCGAAGCGAAAGAUAAACGACGUAAUAAAAUCAAACAUAAAUAAUGAUAUUAAAUAUUAAGAACUUAACUUUUCCUCUUCGCUCAGCCCGCUUUUAUGCUAUACUUAAAGGUCACGUGUCUUGAAAUGAAGAACUAGGUUUAUAAAUGUGAUUUUUUCAUUUAUAUUUAACAUGAUUUUGUACCUCAAAUGUGUUAGGACGUGAAUUUUCAACCGUUGAGUUGCCGUUACAACCACUGAGCCACCUGAGAUACAUUGUUUUCACUGACAAUUUUUUAUGAUCGUUUCAUCCACGAAGACGCGCCCCACCAUUCUUCUCUAAUGUUUGAGUGUUAUCGGUACACGCUAACAUCCAUGAGUGCACACGCACACUACAGUAAUGCCUUACGGAUUGCUCGGACCACACUCCCCGCACCCCGCGCGACCAAGACCAAAAAUUCGUGGAUAAAACGAUCUAGGUAUAAAUACCAAGACAUGUUUCCACUGUCAAUUUUCAAUGAUGUUAUAGAUGAUACAGACUUUGAUUGGACGACAGUAGCUCACAGUAAUUUGAAUAUUUCGGUGACAAAUGACUCGGUUAGCUCAGUGGUUGAACUCAGGAAGAAAUCAUUUAGAUUUAAGCAGAACUUUAAACCUAGUUUUUCAUUUCUUCUUUAUAUUUUCAGACAGUAAAAUACGAUCAUUAUUUUUCUGAAAUAGUCUAAAUACACUUUUUUCCAACAUUUUCAAAUUUAAUAUUUACAUCCAUAAAUGAAUUUAUUAAUAAUACGUAGAAUAAAUAUGAUUUAAGCAAUAAAAUGUGUUAGUGAUACAGCUAUUUAGAUUUUAAAAUAUAUUUAAAAUAAUGUAUUUUUAUCUUCCUAAUUUUUUUGGAGAUUUUUAUUUGUUUAAAUUUAGGUGCAAUAUUAAUUUUAGUGGAAUUUAAAAGCAAUAUGUGUACACAUCACUAGUUUAAAUUAAAGAAGAGGUUUAAUAUAAAUAAAAUCUGAUGUCUAAAAGAUUCUUUUCGAUCGAAAUUAUUAACUUUGGUUGCAAAUCAGGCAACUUACUUGUUACAAAACAGCUUUGUCAAUCAACGUUGUGUACCUAUUUGGUCAAUCUCAUACGCUAUUUAAUAUUUUUAUAGAAUUUAAAAUGUCCUAACAUAAUUUUAUUAAAUAAAAAAAUACAAUAUUACACUCCACACUGGCCAGAUUUUUGGCAGCUUUGGGAGGCCAAGUAUUUGCAUAAUUUUGUCUCUUAUUUAAGAGCGUAUAAUAAAAUCUAUUUUGAUUAUUAAUUUACAUUUAAAGUUAUUAUUUUCGAUCGAUAAUAAAUAUUCACCUAAGUCAGUCACUGCCAACUGGACAACUAAAAAUUGAGCUAAAUUUUUCAACUAAUUUUAAAGCCACUCCGUGUUUUUGCGUAUUUUACAAGAAAAUGUAAUUUAAUAUUAAAAUAAUCGGCCAUAAGUAACUUUUAAAGACUAGUCAUAAUUUU